CAACAAAAAAUUGCGUACAACACUUUGAUAGAAGCUGGGAAUAGUAUAUCUGGUGGAAUUUAUUUCCUUGAUGCUCCCGGGGGAACCGGAAAAACGUUCCUAAUUUUAUUGCUUUUGGCAAGGAUUAGAUCGCAAAAUGAUGUUGCUCUAGCUUUGGCUUCAUCUAGAAUAGCUGCGACUUUGCUAGAAGGCGGGCAAACUGCAUAUUCUGCAUUGAAAAUACCAUUA